GAUUUGUAAUUUGAGAUGAAGUUGUGGUCGCUCACCUUGACGUUUGCCCAGUUUCUGUUAAGAAUUAAGUGUAUUCGUUGCCGUUGUACGAAAAUUUUGCUUUUUUGACAUCUUCGACAGUUCUCAAGACCACCUGAAUGUAAGGAGGUUUCUUAUAGAGACUUCCUGUACGGCUGGCCAUUGGUGCUGGAGAGAUUAGUGAAGGAGGCUGUAGGAACUGGUCCGGCGCACGCGCGGGGAGUCGCGCCGCGGCCGGCGAGUUAGCCGACCGGCCACGGUACACUCAGUACUCGGCUCGCCUUGCCGCAACCAACUAGCGUUGGUGAGACCUUGCGAUCAAACCUUAAAAAAAAUCGCACGUGAGUUCCACUUGCUGCUCGUUUUUGUGAUAGUGUCGGGUGUGAAGUUCUGUAUUGUAUAUUGACGGGAUUUCUCAUUUGUUAAGGUGUGUCGGUUGAGUGGCGCGGUGAGAGGGUGUGAUGCGAGGGGGGCGGGGCCCGCGCAGGCGCCGGUAGCGACCAUGCGGAGACCGCGCGUCGCACGAGUCGUCGCAUGGUUUUUUGCAAUCGCCGCUACUCUCUCUAUUACGACUGCCUCCAGUGUUAUCAAGGGUCAGCGAGCACCGUGCUCCAACGAAGGCGAGCCCGUAAGACUUCAAGACGCGCGGCUCGAACACGAUUGGAGUAGCUGUUUCCGUUGUAUUUGCAAGAACGGUUUCGUGGAGUGCCGUAAAGGCGUCGAAGAGUGCGGUCUAAUGGAAGAUUGUGCAGUUGUGAUGCCGCGUGAGGGCUGCUGCGCCCGCUGCAAAGGAUGUUGGUACAAUGGCACAGACUACGCCUCUCAUACAGAAUGGGGAGACAGUGGCAAGCUGUACAGAUGUGAAGCAGGAGUCGUCACCAUCUCCCGGCCCGAAUGUUAUGCGCCAUGCGAUAAUCCGAAACACCAACGACACUAUAAUUGUCCUGUUUGUGAUGAAUGUGUGAUAAACGGCCAGCGAGUCUGGGAAGGUCGGGAUGUACGGAUUCCAGAGGAACCGUGCCUGUCGUGUCGAUGUGUGCGAGGUUCGUUAUCGUGUACAAAGCGAGCCUGUCCAGUACUACCUUGUGGGAAGGCCCAGCAGUUCACACCAGUUGGGGAAUGCUGUCCAAGAUGUUCUCACCCAACAGCUGAUAAGAUUCUACCAAUUUCAGGAAGCUCGCUACCAAAGCCGUGUAUAAUCGGCAAGGAGUAUCACGCGCACAUGAGCCAAUUCCAAGUAGACCCGUGCACUGACUGCACGUGUAUAAACGGGACCGCCGUGUGCGCACGUCACACGUGUCCCGUGUUGACAUGCACGCGUGCGCUGCCCCCGCCACCUGACAAGUGUUGUCCUGAAUGCCCUAACGUCGAGGAGGCUAAGGCCGCUUGUAUUGUGGCGGGAAAGACUUAUCAGGAAGGUGAUACGUGGCAACUAGACGCCUGCAAGUCCUGUGAAUGUCACGGUGGUGAGCCCAGAUGUGCCAUGGAAAGAUGUCCGACGCUCUCUUGUACCCCAGAUCAAACACUUCAACAGUCUCCAGGCCAAUGUUGCCCAAAAUGUAUCGACAUAGACGGAAUAUGUACAGUUUUUGGCGACCCACACUACAAGACUUUUGACGGAAAGUUUUAUAGUUUUCAAGGGUCGUGCAAAUAUCAACUAGUCUCUGAUUGUAAGAACCACACGUUCUCUAUAAGAAUAUCGAACGACGCCAGAAACACCUCACAUUCCUCUUGGACACGCACCGCAACACUUCGGAUCGGUUCCACUAAAAUAAACAUGGGAAGAAAAAUGCGUAUAAAAGUAAACGGCCAAAGGAUAGCCUUGCCUCAUGUUAUAAAAGGCAUCGCCGAAAUCAGUCGCAGCAACGGGUCAGUCGUGCUCAAGUCUGAUAUAGGCCUUCAGAUGCUGUGGGACGGGGAUGGGUUUCUGGAAGUAACCGUGUCCAGUUCGUAUAAGGGUCAGCUGUGCGGUCUCUGCGGGAACUUUAAUUCCGUAGCGAGAGACGACAUGAGGACCCGUGACGGCAGGCUGAUAAAUGAUACGUGGAGAUUCGGUACUUCGUGGCGAGUGGGCGGGCACAGAGCGUGCACGAGGCGUCAGGAACAUCCCGGUCUGAACACGCGGUGCAAAGCGUCGAAGCUGACAAAAGUGCGUCGCCUGUGUCGGGCCUUCGACCGUCACGAAGCAUUUUCCGAAUGCGGAGCGAAAGUGAAUCCGCAUAAUUACAAGGAAGCGUGCCUAUUGGAUGCGUGCAGUUGCACAGGUGUUCGGUGCCAUUGCGCCGCAUACAGGGCGUACGCGAGAGAAUGCACUCGCAUCGGAGCCGAACCUCAAAACUGGUUACCGGCCGCGUGGUGCGACCCCGCCGGCCCUCAACCGGCCUGGCUGCUUCGCGGACGGAAAGGCUUCGGCCGUGCUGUCAAGUCGAAAGAGCACAGCUUACCAAAUCUGACCGCCAUACCGAGGCGGAAUAAUAGUCGUGCGAGGCCGCCACCACUGCAUUUAAGACGAUAAUGUCACUAGUCAAAACUGCCAGUGUGGCUAUGUUAGCUUGUUACAAAAGAGUUUCAACGCUGCAGCUCAAAGCUGCAACGGCGAAGAGGAAUGGAAUGAAGAUCUUACUUAACAGUAUUCAUAAACUACUUAUAGUUAGAAAAUAAAGCUUAGGUAAUAAUUGUACCACCUAUAGCUCAAUAUAACCUCGCCAAACCAGCUUACAUUCCUAUUCACUACACAUAUUUUUGCUGGUCCAAAUCAAUGGCGAAUAUUUAAAAUAUGUGAUAUUAGCUCUUGAUUCAUGAUAUAAUAGUUCAAAACGAGAUCUCGUAGGUAGUGUUCAAAAUAGGUAUAGAUAUUUAAAGACGCUAUGGGCCUGCGCAAAUCUACCUAUAAUUUGUUAAUGGGCUCCUUUUCAGCUUCGAAGUUACGAUAAUCAUUAUGCUAUAAUUACAUUUUUGAUUAUGUACGUAUAUUUUAAUAGAGUGUAGAAAAAUGACAACUGACAAUGUACGUUUUAAAUUUGGUAUUGACAUUUGGCAGCUCGACCGAUGACAAUCUCUACGGUUUCGUGUGGGCUGUAAAUGAUCUAUUAUCGAUAUUCGAUAUUUGGUUAGUUGACGUCAUUUCGUUGUGACUUAAUAAUCACAGAUAGAUAAAAUUUUCGGUUAAUAGAAAAUAUUAACCAAAACUGCUAUAAUCUAUGUAUUGGAAUAGUUUAACCGAACUAAAGGCUAAUGACGCGCUUGUUAACAUUUCUACAUUCUAUUGGAAUAAAUUAGUUGCGUAUUAAAGAUUUAGACGUAAUUCUUUUUAUAGCCUGUGUAUACGUGUUGAAUAAAAAUAUAUAGCUUGAAGGUUCUAAAGUAUAUAUUUAUAGCUGUUAAUAUAUAGAUAGACUAACCAGCUCCAAAUUAUUUAUCUAAUUUCACGUCGGUAAUUAAAAAUACCAAAAAUUACUUUUUGAAGACUUAAAUUAGACUAUGUUACCAAUGAAUUUUUACUGACUUUUAAAAUGUAGUUAUAAAUACGCUAUUCACUUUCUUUGUUCAAAUUCCUAAAUAUAUUAAACGCAGUUUAUUAAAACUAAAUCAGUUUUAAUAAGUUUAAUAUCACUGUUUAACUAGCACAACAAAACACAAUUUGACAGAGUAUUUAAAACAGUAGACUGAUAUAGUUUUUGAGUAGUUGCUAUUUAAUUACAAUACUUUUAUUUCUAGGAAGGCGCGGACUUUAUUUACUCAGUGCCAUUUUAUAAAUUUUAUAGAAAUAAUCAAAAUGAUUGCUUAAAUAAAGAUAGCUCUUAUUCAGGAAUACCAAAUCAGUUUAUCACACUUUAAACUAUGUAUGUUUUAUGUAGAACUGUGAAUUGUGGGAAAUCAGUUUUAACGUGUAAAACUGAUUUACUUUCAAUGAAUAGGAGUUAAUUCCAUCAGUUACUUUUGCGAUAAAGUUAAUAUAAUAGUAAUGCAUAUUUUAUUGUCUUAGUUACAUUUCAUUCCUGUAUUGUAUAUUAUCUGUUAAGCUUCUGUUAAGUUUAAAGAUAUUUUAUGAUGACACGUGUGGCAGAUAUAAUAUUACCAAUUAUUUGUAAUAGCGCCUUCUAUCGAUUCGAGUUUUAAUUAAGAUCAAAUAACGUACAGGCUUAAAUGAAAUAUGUUGAACCUUACCAUAGCUGGUUUUAAUCUUGUAGAGAAGAUAUAUAUUUAUUAUUUAGCCUAUGAAGCAUCAUAUAAAAUAUAUAUCUGCCGUAUGUAUUAUUAUAUGAUGGAUUUAGUUUAGCAGGGCCUACGUUUUAAGUAGGCCUGUAAGUAUGAGAUUAACUUUAUUUUCACUAAUGAAAUGCACAUUACAUAAGGUCUUUAACGUAAGUAUAUAAUAAUGUAUUCUUUUUUAGUAUAAUUAAUGCUUCAUAUUUUUAAUGACUAAAAAAUCCCUAAAUACUGGAGUUAAUAUUAUUUUUACUAAAAUCUCCUUAUUAAGGCUUAUUAAUUUGAUGUUAAAAAAUUCAACUACUUACAAAACUUAGCACACUCAUUUUAUAUAAAUAACUAGCGCCAUCUAUACUUCUGAAGGCGUUUCUCAAAUAGUAGGUUACGGAUUUUCGAACAUUUCAAUAAAUUAUCUACGUUCAUUUGUUUGUUUUUAUAUAAACUAAAUCUUAUCUAAACUAUUUUACUAUAAUGGCCAAUUUUCAGCUAAAUCAGUAAUAAGGAUAUUACGUAAAUCGCUGUCGCUUAAAAUUAUAUAAAUGUGAAUUUGUAUAUAAUUGGAAAUUACUAUGUGUAAUUAUUUAUUGUGCAUUUAUGAAGUCUUGUAUUUACUUAGGUUACGUUAAUUUAAUUGAC